AUCCAGCAACAUCAGCCAGCCCCAGACAGCGCCGCAACACAUGUCCCUCUCAUUCUCGUCAGUCGUCUUGCCCGUCUGGCACGAGGCGGCCCACUUUCUCUUCAUCAAGGACUCGCUCGAAGCCGAUGCCUCGUUCCUGUUCCCGCUGCUCAUGCAGCUGCUUUUCAAGCCGGCAAAUCCAACGGCACCGCUGGGUCCGUCCUCGGCCGAGUCGACGCUGCUCCCGAAGAACGGAUCGGUCGUGUUUGUGGGACUAUCGCAGAUCUUCAAUCACUAUCUGCUGAUCGGGAGGAAGUUGGGCAUCAAUCUGGCUGCUCUGAAGGAAUCCUCAAGGCUCCGCUACAUCGAUGCCCUGAGCCAGCUGCACUCGCGAGAAUCCCCUGACCUCAAUGCCGAUAUACCGCUCGACAAGAUCUGCGAGGCGCUCUACAGGAUCAUCGAGAGCAGCAUCACCACGAUCGAAUCGAAUCCAGCAACCCGCUCGACAACCCCGUGCAUCUUUGUCGACGACCUCUCGGUGCUGCAGUUCCUGGGUGUUCCCGAGCGGACCCUGGUCGGCUUUGUGCAGGCGUGCAAACGACUGAUGCAAGAGAAACGUGGGUUGCUCGCAAUCCUGUGCCAUGGUGAUCCCAGCUUGGGGUCGCCUCUCAGCAGCCAGAUCCAGCACCUGGCCGAUGCUACGCUUGAGGUGCGGGGCCUCGAGAGCGGGCAUUCGCAGGGUGUCCAUGGCCAGAUCUCGCCCAUCAGGAGCCCGUUCUGGAUAACAUCGGCCCUGGACAGCGGCCGCCCGUUCCCACAGCCGCACGCCGUGCACUACAAGCUGAUGGACUCGGGCGUGCAGUUCUUUGCCAAGGGGCUUUCGCAAGGCGUCAUUUGAUUCCACAGCAACAGCAACAGUAACGGUAACAUGCGGACGAUCGAGCCCUCGACCCGAGUCGUCUGAAUAUGGCCGUGCUGAGGAUUGCUUCCCAGGAUGCGGCUGGCCACGGGCCACACAAUACAUAGCUGUGGCUUCCCAAGCAGAGCCAUAGAGAACAACGGAUUCAGCGCGCGGCUUGGCCUAUGACGGACAGACUGUCCAACAGUGGCUUUGAUGCAUCUGGCAUCCGAGCGCAGAGCCGCUCAUGCAAAGUUGUUGCCCUUGGCGGCAUUGUCGAUGAUGCCCCGUGAGAUGAUCAUGCGCUGGAUUUGGCUCGUGCC